UGCUUCCUGCUUAAAAACACAUCUAAACAGGCUUUUGGUCAUAGGCCCGCGUGUCAUUAUGAAGAUCUUCACUCUGCUUUGUGUUUUUCUUCUUUAUGGGACUUUGCCUUCAAUUCAAGCAGAGAAGCACUCGCUGUAUUACAUUUACACGGCCUUGUCUAAACCUGUGGAUCUGGCGGGCAUCUAUGAAUUCACUGCUAUGGGUCUGCUGGACGACACACAGAUCGACUAUUACAAUAGAGAACUAAAGAGAAAAAUUCCCAAACAACAGUGGAUGAAAGAGAAACUGCAGGAGGAUUACUGGGAAAAAGGCACUCAGUCGAGAAAGAGUAAAGAACAGUGGUUUAAUGUGAACGUCCACAUUCUGAUGAGCCGCAUGAGACACAAUGAAUCAGACCUUCAUGUUCUUCAGUGGAGACACGGUUGUGAAGUUGAGCAGGAGGGAAGUGAAUUUAAGUUUUCCAGAGGCAUUGAUGAGUACGGCUAUGAUGGAGAAAACUUCUUGUCUUUUGAUGAUAAAGAGUCUCAGUGGGUCACCUUUAUUGAUGAAGCUCAACCAACCAAGAGAAAAUGGGACAAUAUCCCGAUCCUAAACCAAUACAUCAAAGCAUACCUGGAGAAAGAGUGUGUGGACUGGCUCAACAAAUUCAGAGAAUAUGGAGACGAGAAGCUCAGAAACGGCUCUCCUCCAAAUGUUUAUGUGUUUGAACAGAAGAAUACCAAUGAUGAAACCAAGCUGAAACUCACCUGUCUGGCCACUGGCUUCUACCCCAAAGACGUGAUCUUGACCAUCAUAAUUUGUGUUCCGACAAUCAACGAAGAUCUUACGGGUGUGAAACGACAUGAGGGUGAGUAAUAAAUUACAUUAUUUUCAUUUUUGGGUGAACUAAGCCUUUAACACUCAUUGCAAAAGCUAUUUUUUUAUUUUACAACUUGUGGCCGCAUACCUUGGGUAUGAAUUAUUUUCUAAGAAUUUAACAGCCUGUCGUCCAAUAAUAAAUAAAAAUAAAUCCACACUGAAGGUGAAAUAAAUAAGUAUAUUGGAUAAAGCCUAUUUACGCUCCAACAGUUGGAAAGACAUCUUGGUAAGAAGCACACUAGGUGAAAUGUGUAACGUCAGAAGAGAACUUAAAUGUCGGAACUACUUUCACUUUCACUUUUGAAUCAUGUGCCGCUGUUUGUCUCCUGAGGGAGGCGCUGUGACUCCAUCAGAAACACCAGCGAAACAGCGACGUGCCGUGCUAGAUCAGCGGUUUUUAAAUUUAUUAGCUUGUUACGUGUUACGUUGAGUGUUUUAAUGUCACUUUAUUGUCAAAUCCCUGUGUGUCCUGUGUUGUGCUCUGUUUCUCUCCCUCACUCUCUUACUCAGGUUAAUUACCACCAGCUGCAACUCGUUGUGAGCAUGCCUGAGUCUGAGCAGAGCAGUAUAUAUGGUGCAUUCAGAAGAUCCUGUGCUGAGGAACACUUCUCCCCAGCCUUAGAGUGGAAAUUGAAUUGUCUGCCUGUGUAUGCUGUGUGAGAACAAGUGCUUACAGUUUUGAGUUAGGUGUGGGCCUAUACUUCUGCUGUGUGUAAGCAACAUUCUUUAGCUUGCUUACGGGUCUAUCCAUGUGUGGGUAACUAGAAGGUAUUGUAUCAUUUAACUCUUAAUUAGUAUUCGGUUACCUGGGAAUUGUAGAGAGAGAGUGCCUUUUUAUUUUUAUGUACAAUUGUUUUCUCCUGUUUAUUGAUCAGAGAGGGAGUUCAGGGAAGUUUGUGUUGUUGUUUUUCAUCUUUGAUUUUGAGCAGGGUAAAACCUUAGUUAGCUCCUGUUUUGUUUAUUAUUUUAGGCCAUACUCUCUCCUGAAGAUUUAUUCCCUCACGUUCUCUUGUUAAGCUCUCUUUUUGGUAUAAGGAAAUUGUCAGGUGACCCUAGAUGACCCAGAGGCCAAAGUAGUUCACAAAGUUUAUUGUUGUCCCAAUUAGUAAACAAAAACAGACUGCCAGGCGCAAAACAGCAAAAGCGCUGCAGCUGGAGAUCCAUAGAGGGUA